GAGUCUCCCUGAGAAGAGAAAGCUGCCAUGGAUCCAGUCCUGGUCCUGGUGCUCACUCUCUCCUGUCUGCUUCUCCUCUCCCUCUGGAGACAAAACUCUGGGAGAGGGAAGCUCCCUCCUGGCCCCACCCCUUUCCCAAUUAUUGGAAACAUCCUUCAGAUAGAUAUAAAGAACAUCAGCAAAUCCUUCAACUAUUUCUCAAAAGUCUAUGGCCCCGUGUUCACUCUGUACUUUGGUUCAAAGCCUACUGUGGUGGUACAUGGAUAUGAAGCAGUAAAGGAAGCUCUGGAUGACCUUGGAGAGGAGUUUUCUGGGAGGGGUAGUUUUCAAAUUUUUGAAAGAAUAAAUAAUGAUCUGGGGGUGAUUUUCAGCAAUGGAACAAAAUGGAAGGAGCUUCGGCGCUUCUCAAUCAUGACCUUGAGGAGUUUUGGGAUGGGGAAGAGGAGCAUCGAGGAUCGCAUUCAAGAGGAAGCAUCCUGUCUUGUGGAAGAGCUAAGAAAAGCAAAUGGUUCACUCUGUGAUCCCACAUUCAUCCUGAGCUGUGCUCCCUCCAAUGUGAUCUGUUCAGUUAUUUUCCACAAUCGUUUUGAUUAUAAAGAUGAGAAGUUUCUUAACUUGAUGGAGAGACUCAAUGAAAACUUUAAAAUCUUGAACUCCCCAUGGAUGCAGGUCUACAAUGCUCUGCCUACCCUCAUCAAUUAUCUCCCAGGGAGUCAUAACAAAGUAAUUAAAAAUUUUACUGAAAUAAAAAGUUACAUUUUGGGGCGAGUGAAAGAACACCAGGAAACACUGGACAUGGACAAUCCUCGGGACUUCAUUGACUGCUUCCUGAUCAAAAUGGAACAGGAAAAACACAAUCCCCAUUCGGAGUUUACUAUUGAAAGCUUGAUGGCCACUGUAACCGACAUAUUUGUAGCUGGAACAGAAACCACAAACAUUACUCUAAGAUAUGGACUCUUGCUCCUACUGAAACACACAGAGGUCACAGCUAAAGUCCAGGCAGAGAUCGAUCACGUGAUUGGCAGACACAGGAGCCCCUGCAUGCAGGACAGAACCCGCAUGCCCUACACAGAUGCCAUGGUACAUGAGAUUCAGAGAUACAUUGACCUCAUCCCCAACAAUGUGCCCCAUGCAGCUACCUGUAAUGUUAGAUUCAGAAGUUACUUCAUCCCCAAGGGCACAGAGUUAGUAACAUCACUGACUUCUGUGCUGCAUGAUGACAAAGAAUUUCCCAACCCAGAAGUAUUUGACCCUGGCCAUUUUCUGGAUGAGAAUGGGAACUUUAAGAAGAGUGACUACUUUAUGCCUUUCUCAAUAGGAAAGCGAAUGUGCGUGGGAGAGGCCCUGGCUCGCACGGAGCUGUUUUUGAUUCUGACCACCAUUUUACAGAAUUUUAACCUGAAAUCUUUGGUUGAUACAAAGGACAUUGACACUACUCCAGUGGCCAAUACUUUUGGCCGUGUACCACCUUCAUACCAGCUGUACUUCAUUCCUCGUUAAAGCAGAACACACUGGCUGUUGCUAUGCUGGUAUCUCUGACUUCUCAGGGAGCAGUCUCCAUAUCCUGUCAACUAUUAGGGACAUCUCUCUCACUACUCCUCUCACAUCUUUUCAUUCUCCCACAAUCCAGUCAUCAUCCAUCUUUGUUUAAGAAGAUUUUCCAGAGUUACCAUGCAGAUCCAUCCUCUGUCCUCUUCAGUCUACAACACUUAUAUCGACAGUACUAAGACAUGUACUGUGUCACUAAUAUGUUAAAAGUGUAAUACAGACGAGGUCAACUGAGAGCCAUCUAUGCUUUGCUUGACUCAAAGUAAAAGGAGUUAUUAACUGAAGAGUCAUUUUUCAGGUUUCUUUUUUAACACAUAAUUCGUAUAAAGAGUGAAAAAGUAAGGUUAGUAUUGAAAUGCAUAAUAUGAUAUCAUCUUUUACCUAUUUGAAUGUGGAUUUGUAAAUUAAAAUGAAACUGAAAAUAAAAGAAUUGGUAAUAAG